UACACAAAAGAAACCACAACCCAAACAGUGAAAAGAGAGAGAAAUAGCAAGAGCGUCCUCUGGAGCUCAAAUUUCUCUGAAUUACGAAAUGGCAAGACCUAAUCAAGAAGCAAUCGAGACAUUCAUUAGCGUCACUGGUCUACCUGAAGCGGUCGCUGUUGAAAAGCUUGAGGGUCAUGGCGGUGAUCUCAAUGCAGCUGUUAAUGCACAUUUCAAUGAAGGAGAUAGAAUUAUUGGGCAUGGAACAUCUAUUACUGCUCCUCAAGAUGAUCUCAUGGAAACAGAUGAUGAUCCGAUUUCAACUGGACCUGCGAGACCCCCUUUGUCACUUCUGUCUGGGGCUGGAGCUGUGAAUCCGUAUUCACUUCUGGACCCAAACUUCAGUAGAAGUUUAUUUGAUCCUGGUUCCAAUUUUGUGAACAGUGAGCAGUUUGUUAGACAUCCAAUGGAGGCGAGGGAGAUUCCCACAGAGAUUAAGGAUGCUGACGAGUCAUCGAGGCGCAUGGGCCAUACCCCUAUCAUUGAAGAUGUAACUGACACUGAUCGUGCACAUGGCCAAGAUGUCCAUGGGAGGGUCAUCAUUGACGGUGAAGAUAAUGAGAAUGCUCCAGCUGUGCCAAAUCCACUGGUGGCUUCGCAGAAUGGACCACAAGGUGAUAGUUCUCAUGAUACUCAUAUUAGGCCAAGUGUUCCUGAGUUUGAUAGGUAUCCAGACUAUGGCAAUGACAUAGAAGAAGAAAUGAUUCGAGCAGCUAUUGAGGCUUCAAAACAGGAGGUUCAGGAUUUGGAUGAUUUUGGGCCUCCACAAGGGCAAUCUCACUUAGAUUCAGACCUGGAGCAUGCCGUCUCGUUGUCUUUGAAGACAGCAGAGCGGGAGAAUUCAUUGCAUGAGCUGGGAGGAGAAGCUGGAGCUGCAGAAGGGGAAACCUCUAAUCCGGCUGAGGUGGAACUUGACAAAAUAGCUGUGUCAAAUGGAAGGAUGGAGACGGGGAGUUCAUUCAUCCCUGAUGAAGUGGAAAAUGUGAAGGAGCAGCCUCUUGUUAUGAACAGGUCUGGGCGAAUACCUUCUGGCCUGGUGGAAUCUUCUAAAGAAGUAGCAGUUGUUGAGGCUAGUUCACCAUCAAGCCCUGGACUGCAUGAUACUGAUUACCAUUCACAGCGAAAUGGAGAUGCCUUCCCUUCUGAUGAGUGGGGAGGCAUCUCUUCUGUGGAGCAUGAUGAAGCAGUCAUGCUUGAGGCAGCAAUGUUUGGCGGAAUACCUGAAGGAACUGGGUAUAAUUUUCCAUAUGCAACACAUGAGUUCAUGCAAGCGUCUCGCCCUUAUCCUCGGCCAGUUCCUCGUCCUCCGUCACCCUCUUUGGAAGCUCUGCGUUUGAUACGAGAACAACAGGAUGAUGAGUAUUUAGCAUCAUUGCAAGCUGACCGAGAGAAAGCAUUGAAGGCCAUGGAAGAAGCUGAAGCACGUCGUCUACAGGAAGAAGUGGCUAGAAAGGCAGCUAUUGAAGAAGAGAAGCAGAGGGAGGAAGAAUCUCGUAGGAUGUUGGAGGAGGAGCAGGAACUUGAAAGGAUAUUAGCAGCAAAAGAAGCUUCACUGCCUAAGGAACCAUUACUGGAGGAUGAGAAUGCCAUAACCCUUUUGGUACGAAUGCCUGACGGCAGCAGACGCGGCAGGUGUUUUCUGAAGUCGGACAAGCUACAGGUGCUCUUCGACUUCAUAGAUAUUGGUAGAGGGGUCAAGCCUGGCACUUACAGACUGGUGAGGCCGUAUCCAAGGCGCGCUUUCAGUGAUGGGGAGAGCGCUUUGACAUUGAACGAACUUGGCCUGACUAGUAAACAAGAAGCCUUGUUUCUGGAAUUGAUUUAGGAAUGCCCAAGGGUCUUACAAAUAUUGUAGAAAAUCGCUUAUUUAUCGUUUUAGUGGGGAUUUUAUUGGGUUUAAGGUUUGGAGGACGGGCAUGAUAUCUAAAGAAGAUACACAUUACACACAUUCAACCUGCCAUGAAAGGGUGGAACAGUUACAGUCAGUACUUGUUUUUAUUGGUUCUGCUGGGGAGUGCUUCUGUCUGUAUAUCUAUAUUUAUUCAUGAUAUGGAGAAAAUUUGGUAUAACAAUCUGAGUGUGGGCCAAUGGGCCUGAUGUAACCGGGUUGUCGGGCCUUUUACAAGCUAUGCUCGUCGAGUACUAGACAAGUUCGUGAAAUGACUAGGAUAUUCUUAUUCAUUA